AUGGCUUCUGAGUACCUCGACGAUCCGACGCAAGUGUAUGACACACAAUUUGGAAUUUGUCCUGAAAAUGUCUUCACAAUGCUUUCUCUUUGUGAAAACCUUACCAACCUCCAUCUCACAUUUCCAGUCAGUUCUGAUCAUGUAUUAUCAAACUCUUCUGAUUCGGUGCAAGCACGAUCUCCCGAUUCACUUGAAGCAUCUUACUUCUGUCACUACUUUACCUUGAUAGUGCCUGUCCUACGACGUCUUCGACAUCUCAAGAUCCAAGCGCCCUACGCAUCCGUACUGGUACAGUCCUUUGCUAAAACCAUCAUGAAGUUAGUACACCUUGAAUCACUUGAGCUCGUGAACGUCUCGGCUAGAAAUAGACAUGACAUUCGUCGCCUUCCUGGCUGUCUUUCUAACCUCAAGGCCCUCAAACACCUGAUUCUCAAGGAAGUCCAUGACAUGGAUGCCAAUAUCUGGAGAUGUUAUAAAGCUCCUCCUCAACUAGUCAAUCUUAUGAUCCGAGAUUGUCGACCACUUUGUGUAUCACAAAUUCUUUUCCUCAAUACUUGUGCACCUCGACUAACUCAUCUUGAGCUCAAAUUUGAUGAACAAAAUGACCGACCAUCAGUUGGGUCUGCAGACUUUGACCUGAAGCAAAAUCAACUUGCUCUCCCGGCGUUAACAGGUUUGACUCUGUGGUUACAUCGGGUAUUCUACUAUAUCCACUGUUUUGCUGCUUGCAAAAAUCUUCGUUAUCUUGCAUAUUAUUACAAUCCAUUGUACGAUUUCUCAGAUAAUGUAUUUGCUCAAAUUUCGGAACUUUCAAAUUUUGUCACCACUAAUGUUCUCCCUAGUCUCGAAGUCAUCACUUUUCACAUAGAACGUAACAAUUAUCCCCUUAGCUCAGUUUUGAAUUCUAAAUUAACAUUAUUGGAACAAACUUGUAAGUCUAAAGGAAUCAAAUUCAAGUCUUUUCCAGAUGACCUAAAUGCAAAGCUUCGCGAAUAUGUAAUGUCCUAUGAAGAUAAUCAUGGAUGA